CUCCAAUGAGAACUUCAGCAUACUCUUUCAUUGGAGUUCGAAAACAUUUCUGGAAGGAAGUGUUAUAUAACAUAUAAUUAUAUGAAGAUUGUAUAGAGAUGACUGAAAUUGUAAAAUAAUAUAAUAUAAAAGAAAUCUAAAUAACCAAAAUAUAUAUUGCCAUUGAAGUUAUCAACAGUAAUAGAGAUAAUGGGAUAGGUAAGUAAAAAUAAUAGAAAUUUCAGUGGAUUUUAAUUUAGAUAUAAAGAUUCGACUAAAUUAAUGAAUGGCCGAUCUUAAGAUAUUGCUACGUAAAAAUAUAUAUUUAUAUGAAUAGAUUUAUUGAUAUGGUAAGUAAUUAAAUAACUUUUUUAAAUAUUACGAUGUUUUAUUAAGCAAUUGAAAUAAUUGGAAGAGGUAGCUCAUCCAGUGUUUCUGUUUUAAUUGAUAUUUUUUCUUAGGUAUAAUAUGCUGUUAAAAGUAUAGGAAAAGAAUAUAUUAUGAAAAACGAUAAAUUAAAAGUAAACAUCUCUUUAUUGUAGAUAUUAUUUGAAAAUGAGGUGAAGAUUUUACAAGAAUUAACUAAAUAUAAUUAACACAAUUAUUUUGUUCAUUUAUAUAGAGUCUUUGAGAGCCAAACAUCUUAUUAUUUAAUAUUGAAUUUAAUGAAAGGCAAAUCACUUACAGCCUUCUAUAAUAAAAUCAAAGUAAGCAAUAAUAUUAAAUUAUUUGAAAUUAGAAAUAAUCAGAUUCUAAGAUAUUUUCUCCAGAUAUUAUAAGAUCAAUUAUGAAGAGACUGCUUUCUGGUGUAUCUCUAUUACAUUAUCAUUAAGUACAUAAAUAAUUUAAUUUAGAUAAUUCAUAGAGAUCUUAAACCAGAUAAUCUAUUAUUUCUUGAACCAAAUAAUGUAGAAACUCUAACAAUUGCUGAUUUUGGAUUAGCAACUUAUAGUAAUGUCGAAAAGUAAUAAAAUAUUGUUAUAUAGAUAUUCAUAUCCUAUAUGUGGUACUAAAGGUUAUAUGGCACCAGAAAUUACUAAUUAUAAAGAAGGAUAAAUUAAAUAUGAUCAAUAAAUUGAUAUUUAUAGCAUUGGUGUUAUUUUUAAUUGGCUGUAUUUAUAUACUAAUCCUAGACUUACUGGUGAUAUUGAUAAACAUAAUCCUAAAUUAUAAAAAUUAGAUUCUAUUACUUUGAAUUUAUUAAAUAAUCUUCUUAGAGCAAAUCCAAAAGAAAGAUUAUCAGCAUAAACAGCACUUGAUCAUCCAUAUUUUUAAAAUGAUGAUGUUACAAAGAAGACUUUUCAAUCUUAAUAUGGAUUUGUAACUCCAUUUAUUAUUCUAGGAAAAUGUUGAUAAUGAAACCAUUGUACAUCAUAAAGAUUUAAAGAAUUAUUCUUUGCCUCUCCUUAAAAAACCUUAAAGAUAAAUUUGAU